AUGUUCAGGCUCCAAGACUACAAGGUAGGAUGGAUCACCGCUCUUCCUAUCGAGAUGGCUGCCGCGAGGGCCAUGCUCGACACCGUUCAUCCUCGAUUACCAACACCUGAUCACGAUUCUAACAUUUACACCUUCGGCCAUAUCGACCCAGGCAAUGGUGUAUCGAAUGGAGGACACAAUGUUGUUAUCGCAUCCGGCCGUCCAGGAACAGCGAUCGCCGCGACCGUGGCCAAUGACAUGCGUCGUACAUUCCCUUGGCUUCGAGUUGGCUUGAUGGUGGGCAUUGCAGGAGGGGUCUGGAGCCCUGAAUGUGAUGUCCGCCUCGGAGACAUCGUAGUUGGAGUCCAUCCGCAAGGCGAAGCUGGUGUUGUCCAAUAUGAUUAUGGCAAGCAGAUACAGGACAAAGCGUUCCUGAAGACGGGCGCCAUGAACAAAGCUCCAUCGAUCCUCUUGAAUGCCGUGGCUGCAGUACAAGGAGAUCAUCUGGGGUUGGAAGCGCCAGAGAUGGCUUAUGUUUCUCACCUCGACCGAGAUCAAGCCAGGAGAAUUGCAAGACGCCCAACUCAAGACAGGCUUUACAAUGCCACAUACGUCCAUCAGGCCAGAUCAUGCGACAACUGUGACGAAAUGCAAAUUCGCGACAGACCUAUGCGCGAGCAUCCGGAAAUUCCCAGAGUACACUAUGGUCCCAUCGCUUCGGGGAACAAAUCGAUCCGGGAUGCGGUCUACGCAGAGGAGAUCAGAAAGAAGUUUGGCAAUCUGUGCUUCGAAAUGGAGGCUGCAGGACUUGACAAUUUCCCUUCGCUGACCAUCCGAGGCAUUUUUGAUUAUUGUGAUACCCACAAGAACGACGGAUGGCAUCGAUAUGCGGCCGUCGCAGCAGCCGCGUACGCCAAAGAGCUGCUGAGUGUGAUUCCCCCAACAGCUAUCACACAACUUCCACAGCUUGGUGAGUCUCAUCUCAAUCGCAUGAAAGGCCUUCGCCACUCCUUCAUGGUGUUCAUAGUUGGAUCAACUAUGAUACCAAGAUUCGCUGACCGAGCUCUAUCAGGCAACACUUACUGGAACGUACCGCGUGCACCCAAUCCGCUGUUCACUGGUCGUCAAUCUCUCUUUGACGAUAUGAAGAAGCAUCUGAUCACGAAGUCUUCAAAGAAGGACCGGCCAGUCUUUGUACUGCAAGGUAUCGGUGGUGCUGGCAAAAGUGAAGCAGCUAUUAAGUUUGCAGCGCAGACCCAAGACAAGUCUGUUUUAUCUGAUGAACGCUGCCGAAAAUGGCUGACAGAAUUAGCUUUUGGGGCAUCUUCUGGAUAG